UUUCGCCAUUCCGGGGUGUUGCCAGCUGCACGGCACCGCUUGCAGAGGCGUCCUGGAGAGGCGUCCUGCGCGUCUCUUCUCUCUCCAAGGCGUCUCUUCGCCCUCUAACCUCCAGAGUCUACCCCCACCUCCCGUACACUCCACCAUUACCAACGCUACACUAGCACCCCCACACCUCCGCCCCCUCUCCUCUUUAAAAAAAAAGAGAAAAAGGAAAAAAAACAAAAAAAAAAAAAACAAAUUCGGGAUCCAAGCAUGCCACAACAGCAGCUAGGUAUCCGCCUAUCCUCCCCCAAAGUCACCGCAGGCGCAGCAGCAGGCUUCCCCCGUCCGAGAGAGCACGGAGACUCCACCGAGUGAUGCCACUGCUGCAGCAAGAAAAGCACCCAGCAACCGCGCACAUUCUCGACGCCUGCCGGAGGACCCGACAUCACAAUCUCGGCCCUUGACAGAAGAGAGAGCCCCCCCACCCCCCACGGCUCCGUUCCCGUCCCGACUCCAGGAUGUCCGACUGCAACGCAAGUCCCGCCGACCGGGUGAUCAAAUCGGUCCCCUUCCCCCUGGCCCACCGGCUGACCAUGAAGGAGGUGUUUGACGCUGAGGGCCGGCCGCGGGUGGACCUGCUCAAAGCACAUCUCACCAAGGAGGGCCGGCUGGAGGAGGCCGUGGCCCUGCGCAUCAUCGAUGAGGGUGCCGCCAUCCUGCGCCAGGAGCGCACUAUGUUGGAUAUUGAGGCACCAGUCACGGUGUGUGGAGAUAUUCACGGCCAGUUCUUCGACCUGAUGAAGUUGUUUGAAGUAGGAGGUUCUCCUGCCAACACACGCUACCUCUUCCUAGGGGACUAUGUGGACAGGGGUUACUUCAGUAUCGAGUGUGUGCUGUACCUAUGGUCACUGAAAAUCCUCUACCCAAAGACACUCUUUCUUCUACGGGGAAACCAUGAAUGUAGACAUCUGACCGAAUAUUUCACCUUCAAACAAGAAUGUAAGAUCAAGUACUCGGAGCAGGUGUAUGAAUCCUGCAUGGAGGCGUUUGAUUGCCUGCCCCUGGCAGCCCUGAUGAACCAGCAGUUCCUGUGUGUGCAUGGGGGGCUUUCACCAGAGAUCCACACGCUGGACGACAUCAAAAAGUUGGAUCGGUUCAAGGAGCCCCCAGCAUUUGGGCCAAUGUGUGACCUGUUGUGGGCCGACCCCCUGGAAGACUUUGGCAAUGAGAAGACCCAGGAGUACUUUGGCCACAACACAGUCAGAGGCUGCUCCUAUUUCUACAGUUACCCGGCAGUGUGCGAGUUCCUACAGACCAACAACCUGCUGUCAAUCAUCAGAGCGCAUGAAGCACAGGAUGCUGGGUACCGCAUGUACAGGAAGAGUCAGACUACAGGUUUCCCCUCCCUCAUCACCAUCUUCUCUGCUCCAAACUACCUGGAUGUCUACAACAACAAAGCGGCAGUGCUGAAGUAUGAGAACAAUGUGAUGAACAUCCGUCAGUUCAACUGUUCUCCUCAUCCCUACUGGCUGCCCAACUUCAUGGACGUCUUCACCUGGUCGCUGCCCUUUGUGGGAGAAAAGGUGACUGAGAUGCUGGUCAAUGUCCUGAGUAUCUGCUCUGACGACGAACUCAUGAACGAUGGAGAUGAAAUCUUUGAUGCCAGCGCAGCAGCAGCAAGGAAAGAGGUGAUCAAAAACAAGAUCCGAGCCAUUGGGAAGAUGGCCAAAAUGUUCUCUGUUCUACGGGAGGAGAGUGAGAACGUGUUGACCCUGAAGGGACUGACCCCUACAGGCAUGCUGCCCAGCGGAGUGCUGUCUGGGGGCAAACAGACCCUGCAGAGCGCUACCAUUGAGGCCAUAGAAGCCAUCGAGACAGUUAAGGACGCUGAAGCCAUCCGAGGCUUCUCCCCGCAGCAUCGGAUCAGCAGUUUCGAGGAGGCCAAAGGUCUGGACCGGAUCAACGAGAGGAUGCCGCCGCGACGCGACGCUGUCAACAGCGUGGGCCUGUCAAUGGGCCGCAUGAACAUGGGAGAGCCCAAUGGGACCGACAGCAACAGCAAUAUACAGUGAUGGACAUACACUCCCACAUGCCCAGACACAUACCUACAGUAACAACACUGAUAUGGUACCAUAUUUAUAGAUACGUGUACAUAGGCAUAUAUACACAAGAAAAAUCACACAUAAACACAGUAUUUCAUACACUGAAUAGGCUACAGACAACAUCACACACACAUGCAAUCACACACACACACAUACGCACGCACACACACACACACACGAUUACCUAUCCCUUUCCCGUUGCCCUCAGCUGUAUGUAAAGGCAUGAGCGUACCUGGACUUUACCACCAAAGGCUGAGUCUCUUCACUGAACUGAUCGGCCCUAUUUAGAGAACUACAACUCCCAUGUACCUGCACAACAACAGGAAAGAAACUACAAAAACACUCCCCAUGCAAAGCAGGAGGAGAUGCUGUUCACCGUGUAUGUUGGCGAUCACCAGUGGGUUGACAGUGUCAGCAUGACGUGGCUGUGUCAGUGGUGUGUGUCGUGUCGGGCGGGGUCAAGUGUUUUGCACGGGGUGGUUGUGGCAAUCAGGGGAGGGGGGUGUUUAAAAAGAUAAUGUACGGUUCUUUUUCCUGUUUGCAUCCCAGAAAACAGGAGGUGAAACCAAACUUGCGAUUGAUUUGAUUGAGUUGUGGAUAUUCCUGCCUGCGUGCGUGCACAUGCUUCAACAUGUAAAUGUCCGUGUGGUUAUUUUUGAAAAUGUGUUGUGGUUUCUAAGCACGGGCAGAUCUCGCCAUCGGCCAGGCAACAGUGAGGAAAAAAUUGGAUGUGUGGCAUAGCGUGGCCAUGGUGUGGUGGCUUAUCUGUCAGUGAGAGAUGUGUGGAGAUAUUCUCAGUUGAGGUCUAAUCUGAGCCCUUGCUGUCCUCUUCAAACAGGAGGUUCCUGUUUGCUUUUGUAGCACUGCACUGCACCCCAUCCUCCAGCUGAAGUCAAGUGGAGGGUAACCCCACCCACCCCCAUCCCCACCCCCGGCCAGUUAGCUCUUUGGGCCGGGGGUAAGGCUUGAAACUGGGGUCUGGAUCAGAAUUGAAGCAAGUGUUUCUCCCAACCUGUCGUGUGUAAAUAGGAUACAUAGAGAGGUUCUAUUGCACAUCUGAUGCAUAGGGUUGCAGGAUGCAAGAUGCAGUAUAGCAGAAUUAGGAUGCUUUACGUAUCUGAGGGAGUUGGGGUUGGGGGAGUUGAAAUGUGAAGUCAUAUUCUAUUCAUUCUCUUUCUACAUCCUCCUUUCUCCUGUGUUGCUGUCUGCUAACAAACAGCAGCGACGGCCGGGAAUCUGCGGCCUAAAAAACAGGAAAUGAUAUUUCACAGAGAAAACAGACUCUGCUGGUGAAGGCAGCAGCCAAGACAACAAGAAGAAGUCAGAAGAAAAGGUCUUUGUAAAGCAUUUAUAUUAACGCAUCAGUGCAUGCAGAGUUAAGUUCUUUGAUAAUAAUGUGAAGAUUAUAUUUGUGCUCUGUGUUUCACUAUGGUAGGAAAUUUUUUCUUCUUGUUUUUCUGGCUAAUAUAAAUGAACUGAGGAAUAACGAAUAAUUUAUUUUGUACAUAAUGUUAAUUUAAUUUAUUUUUUGUAUUCAUUUUGCGUUAUAUUUUGUUGUUUUUUCAUGUUUUUUUUCUUUAUGUUUUUUUUUCUUUUCUUUUUCACAACCUCUGUUUCCAAUUUCUUUCAACGCUGUACAGAAUGACAGUACGCUUCUAUUCAAAGUGUCAAGUCCACGUUCUCUCCUCUCUUCUUUGUCGAUGUACAGGAGUUGUUUUUAAUGAUAAAUAUGAAUAAUGAUAAACAAAUAUUAAACUAGCAUUGAUGAAUGACCAUACUAUAUACAGAGGCACAGGCAUUCAGGCAGCCAAAAGCAUGAUUGCAUGGUUAAAAUUUGCGCUGUUCAAAGCAAAAAGCAGCAAGACACAUUUUAACAGAAGAGCCGGUGUGUUGCCGUCACAAUUUAAAGGAAAAAAGUGUACUCUCUCUGAUCAUAAUUCUUGAUGAUUCCUCUUGUUAUUUGAUGAUAUUUAUGAUUCUAUGAUUAUUAUGAUUCUAUUUAUUAUGGACAUUAUUCUUAAUAUUUAAGCUCUCUCUCUCUGCUGGUUGCUCUUCAUGUUGCGUUGCUCCUUGGUUGAUCUUGUGCUUCUUUGGGAGAGGUGAACCCCCCUGGGAGACCCUGUGCCAUAGAAAUUGUGCCACGGUUCUUACUUUCUCUCUCUCUCUCUCUCUCUCUCUCUCUCUCUCUCUCUUUCUCUUUCUUUCUCUCUGUUUCUCAAUCUCUCUCUCUCUCUCCCUCUCUCUCUUUCUCUCUUUCUGUUUUGACUCCCCAGUCACUAACACUGUAAGCAUGCCCCAUGGGACGAUCCACUUUUUUACUCUUGAAUAAAAUAUGCAUGAACCUUU